CAUAAAUUAUAAAUGUCAAAAUCAAGUUUCAUGUAUAAUAUAUUCUAUAGUAAAUUCAAAUAAUCAUCACGAUAGAAAAAUAAACAAUGAUUCAAAAUCAUUAACAUUUUACGUAACUUAAUUUCCUCCAUGAACAAUUAUCAACUUACAAUAAUUUUAAAAUAUCCAACCAAUCUUAUUAUCAUUAUAAGCAAGAAAUUAACGAUAACUUUCAUAUUACUAUCAUACAUAUAUAAUAUGUCAUCACUUUUAAAUUCAAUAACUUCUUGCACAAAAUAAUAAUAACGCAAUAAUAUGCAUUUCAUAUUUUGACAAUUCAUACACUACUUUUAUGUUAAAAGAAGAUCGCUUAAAAGCAUUUUCAUAAAUCAAACUUACUUAUUUACUCACUCAAUUUCCUUACAAGUGAUGGGAAGGUGCUAUCUUUAUGUGUGGUGUGUGGAAAGACCUACUAUUAAGGAUAUGGUCAAAGACCUCCUAUCAUUCAUUUUUGAUUUGUGCUUCCUCUAAGUCUUUCUUUGGGAGAUCUCUCUCUACAGCUUCCUUUGUUUCUUUGUUUGUUUCCAAACAAUUAAUUCAAAUCUUAGUUUGUGUUUUUCUGACAAAAAAAGAUCUCAGUUUGUUUGUUUGUUUGUUCUCACACUUUCAGUGUGGCUUUAAGACUUGUGCUUCAGAUUCAAUAUCAUGGCAGAGUUGGUUGCUGGGGCAUUUCUUUCUUCCUCCUUUCAAGUCAUUUUCGAGAAGAUGGCUUCAGUUGAUAUCAGAGACUACUUUGGUGGUAAUAAACUUGAUGAUUUGGUGAAAGAACUUGAUAUUAAACUCAAUUCUAUCAACCAUGUCUUGGAAGAAGCAGAGAUAAAGCAGUACCAAAACACACAUGUGAAGAAAUGGCAUGAUGAACUUAAACAUGUUCUUUAUGAUGCAGACCAAAUUUUGGAUGAGAUUGCUACUGAUGCAAUGCUGAAUAAGAUGAAUGCUGAAUCUGAACCUGUUACCAAUAUUAUAUCCGGCAUCUGGUCAUCUUUAACUCCAAAUCCAUUUGAAUCUAGGAUCAAUCAAGUACUGGAGAAUCUCCAAUUACUUGCAGAUCAAAAGAAAGAUUUGGGAUUGGAAGAUGGUCCUUGUGCUAGUAAAGAAGGCUUAGUCAGUUGGAAACCUUCAAAAACAUUGUCAACUACAGCUCUUGUCGAUGAGUCAACCAUAUAUGGUAGAGAAGUUCAGAAGGAAGAACUUAUCAAUCUUUUACUUGAAGGCAAUGACAGUGGCAACAAAGUUCCAAUAAUCAGCAUAGUUGGUUUAGGAGGGAUGGGGAAAACCACCCUAGCUAAGCUUGUGUGCAAUGACAAGAAGAUAAAGGAGCAUUUUCAACUUCAAGCAUGGGUCUAUGUUUCAGAAUCUUUUGAUGUUGUUGGACUCACCAAAGCAAUUCUCGAAUCAUUUAAGUUUUCUGCAAAUGGUGAAAACUUGAGUCUACUUCAUCAACAACUUCAGCACGAACUAACGGGAAAGAAAUACUUGAUUGUUUUAGAUGAUAUCUGGAACGUGAAUGCUGCCUGUUGGGAGGACUUGCUACUUCCGUUUAAUCAUGGAUCUUCUGGAAGUAAGAUUAUUGUGACAACACGUGAAAAGAAGGUAGGGAAUGUCCUGAAUUCGAAGUUAUUUGAUUUACAACAAUUGGACAAAAGCGAUUGUUGGAGAUUAUUUGAGACACAUGCAUUUCAUGGCAGGAAUAAGUGCGAAAAUCCAGAACUUGAAUCAAUUGGCAAGAAAAUAGUCAACAAGUGUGGAGGGUUGCCUUUAGCUGUAAAAACACUGGCCCAACUCUUGCGAAGAAAAUUCUCUGUACCUGAAUGGACUAAGAUAUUGGAGACUGAUAUGUGGCGAUUACCAGACGGGGUCAACAUUAACCCAGUGCUGAGAUUGAGUUAUCAUAAUCUCCCUUCCAAUCAUAAGCGUUGUUUUGCUUAUUGUUCUAUAAUUCCCAAAGGUUAUAAGUUUGACAAAGGUGAAUUAAUCAAUUAUUGGAUGGCAGAAGGUUUGCUGAAGUGUUGUGAAGCAUACAACAGUGAAGAAGAGUUUGGUAGUGAAAUUUUCAGCGAUCUUGAGUCAAUUUCAUUUUUGCAACAAUCAUUUUCCUGCUGUGUGAUGCAUGAUCUUGUUAAUGAUUUAGCAAAAUCGGUGUCAGGAGAAUUUUGUAAGAAAAUAGAUAGUGCUUGGGUGGAAGGUAACCUUGAAAGGACACGUCACAUUUGGUGGUCUCUUGAAUUAAAUUGUGUUGAUAAAUUACUAGAGCCAAUAUGUGAAGUUAAGGGACUACGUAGUCUAAUACUAGAAGGAGACCAUGCUAUGUUGAUAAGCAACAAGGUGCAACGUGAUCUGUUUUCAAGACUAACAUGUUUGCGGAUGUUAACAUUUGGUGAUUGUGGUCUGUCAGAGCUAGUUGAUGAGAUAGGCAAUUUAAAACUUUUGCGAUUCCUAGAGCUUGAUGAGGAAAAGAUUACAAGCCUACCUGAUACCAUAUGUGCUUUGUACAAUUUGCAAACCCUCUUGUUGCAACGGUGUGAGUUGACAGAGCUCCCUUCAAAUUUUUCCAAGCUCAUCAAUUUACGUCAUCUUGAACUUCCUUUUGGUUUAAAGAAGAUGCCAAAGAAUAUGGGAAAGCUAAGCAAACUUCACACAUUGAAUUAUUUUAUUGUGGAAGAGCAGAAUGGAUCUGGUAUUAAAGAAUUGGCAAAUAUGAACAAUCUUCAUGGAACAAUUAAAAUUACAGGCUUGGGUAAUGUCAUUGAUCAUGUAGAUGCUGCAAAAGCCAAUUUGAAAGAUAAGAAGUAUUUAGAAGAAUUACAUAUGGUGUUUGAUGGCGGAAGAGAAGAAAUGAAUGAGUCGAUUGUUGAAAGAAAUGUAUCUGUGUUGGAGGCUCUUCAUCCAAAUAGCAACUUGAAGAGGCUGACCAUUGUAAACUACAAUGGUAAUUCUUUUCCAAAUUGGCUAAGGGGUUCUGAUUUACCCAACUUGGUAUCUCUUAAACUGAAGAAUUGUCUCAAGUUGGAGGAAUGUUUAUGUCUUGAAGGAUCUCCUUUGCUUAAAGAGCUUUAUAUAAGUAAAUGUUCCAAAUUGAAAAGGGUCCCACUGCCUCAACACCUUCCUUCUUUACAAAAAUUGUACAUUUGUGAUUGUGAAAUGUUGGAAGCAUCAAUUCUCAAGGGUGAUAGUAUGAUAGAGUUAGUUCUAGAGAGAUGUUAUUGGAUUUUGGUAAAUGAAUUGCCGACUAGCUUGAAAAAGUUUGUCCUUUUGGGAAAUCGGUAUGUCGAGUUCUCCGAUGAGCAAAAUUUAGUUAACUGUACCAUUCUUGACGAGUUGGAGUUUGAUUUCAGAGGCUCUGUUGUAAAACGUCCCUCUUUAGAUCUGCGUUGCUAUAAUUCUCUUUGUUAUCUUACAAUAAAAGGAUGGGACUCUUCCUCCUCCUUGCCUCUUUCACUACAUCUCUUCACCAAUCUUGAACAUCUCUGUUUGUACGAUUGCCCACAGUUGGAAUCAUUUUCAAGGGGAGGUUUGCCUUCCAACUUGAGUUCACUAGAAAUAUCCAAUUGCCCAAAACUGAUUGGUUCGAGAGAGGAGUGGGGUUUGUUCCAACUCAAUUCUUUGAUUAAUUUCACAGUUAGAAAUCAUGAGUUUGAAAACGUGGAGUCAUUCCCAGAGGAGAAUCUGCUGCCACCAACUCUUGUAUCUCUUUGGUUGACUAAUUGUUCAAAGCUAAGAAUAAUGAACAACAAGGGUUUUCUCCACCUCAAUUCUCUAACAUAUCUACGGAUUUACAAGUGCCCUAGUCUUGAGAGCUUGCCAGAGGAGGGUCUACAACAACUCAGCUCCCUUUCAAUGUUGUGGAUUAAGAAAUGUCCAUUAAUUAGGGAGAAGUACAAAAAGGAGGGAGGAGAGCGUUGGCAUUCGAUUAGUCACAUCCCUGAAGUGAAGAUUGACUACAUUGAGCAGCACAAAUGAGAUUUGGCCCCAGGGUGCCGAAAUAAAAAGGUAGAAGAAUAGGAGGGAAAUCUCAGUAGAUGAUGAUAAAGAAAAAAAAAAUCCCAGUUCAAAGAGUGCAAAGAACAAGAAAUGAGUCAAAGGAACAAUGUUAGUCAGCUAUUGUUGAGUAUGGCUCAUAAUCAAUGUUAAGUGGGCAGCGUCAAUUGAGCGGAACAAGAGAGACCUGUCCUUGGACCAAGCGCAAACGUUUGUUGUGGACUGGUGACUCGGGGUUUGGUUUAGUGAUGAUGUUGUAGUCAGACUGUAGUAUUUAAAUACAAGUUGUCGGAGAUGUAGGCUAUAUUGGCUGAACUUAGUUACCAAACAUCGUAUGUUCAUUGUUUGCGUUUAUUGUUUCUUAAAUCGUUUGUGCUUGAAGAAGAGUUUGGUCUGUUUAUGGCUUAUUAUAAACUGAUUUUCUCUUA